AUGUCACAGAAUCGGUCUGGGGUGUUUUCCAACUUGCGCAUGGGUGAAGUCGUCCGAGAGAAAGUCCAAGAUGGACUAACGGGAGAAACGAAAGAGAUACAAUAUUCGCAAUGUAAAAUCGUCGGCAAUGGGUCGUUCGGAGUUGUUUUUCAGACGAAAAUGAUGCCCAGCGGCGAGGAUGCUGCCAUCAAACGGGUCCUCCAGGAUAAGCGUUUCAAGAAUCGUGAAUUGCAGAUCAUGAGGAUUGUGCGCCACCCUAAUAUUGUCGAGCUGAAGGCCUUCUACUACUCGAAUGGCGAGAGAAAGGACGAAGUAUACCUAAACCUCGUCUUGGAAUAUGUCCCCGAAACCGUUUACCGGGCUUCUCGCUAUUUCAACAAGUUGAAGACGACUAUGCCGAUGUUGGAGGUGAAAGUUUACAUCUACCAACUAUUUCGCUCUCUGGCCUACAUCCAUUCACAAGGCAUCUGCCACCGUGACAUCAAGCCUCAAAACCUCCUCCUCGACCCCGCAACUGGUAUACUAAAGCUAUGCGAUUUCGGAUCUGCUAAAAUCCUGGUCGAGAAUGAGCCCAACGUAUCGUACAUUUGCUCACGAUACUAUCGAGCACCCGAGUUGAUUUUCGGUGCUACCAAUUAUACAACCAAAAUUGACGUAUGGUCUACUGGCUGUGUAAUGGCGGAAUUGAUGCUCGGGCAACCCCUCUUUCCCGGAGAGUCAGGAAUCGACCAACUGGUCGAGAUCAUCAAAGUCCUUGGCACGCCUACGCGGGAACAGAUCCGUACGAUGAACCCCAAUUAUAUGGAGCAUAAAUUCCCUCAAAUUAAGCCUCACCCCUUCAAUAAGGUUUUCCGAAGAGCUCCGCAUGAGGCUAUCGAUCUGAUUUCUGCUCUGCUGGAAUACACUCCAACCCAGCGUCUUUCUGCUAUAGAAGCAAUGUGCCACCCAUUCUUCGAUGAACUUAGGGAUCCAAACACCCGUUUACCGGAUUCACGGCACCCCAACGGGACAGCCAGGGAUCUCCCAAAUCUCUUCGACUUUUCUAGACACGAACUCUCAAUUGCACCUUCAAUGAACAAUCGAAUUGUCCCACCACACACACGGCCAGAGCUCGAAUCCCGCGGACUAUAUAUUGACGACUUUAAGCCUCUCACAAAAGAGGAAAUGAUGGCACACCUUGAUUGA